CACCGCAGAAGAAGUGUAAGUAUUGUAAACACAGGGAUAUGGCUGACGAGAGGGGUGGAGGUGAGGACAACAUAAACGACAACAUGGGGAACCAGUUACAGCUUUUACCAGACCAUGAGGCAGAGGAGGAGGAGGAUGACAUGGAGACUGAAGACCGAGACAAUGAAGACGCAGAGAAACCAAACCUCAUCACCUUCGACCCUAGUCUUCCCACAUCACAUGCUUACCUGGGCUCAGACAUGGAGGAGUUUCAUGGCCGCACAGUUCACGAUGACGACAGCUGUCAGACCAUCCCUGUGCUGCCACACACUUCUGUGAUGCUGGUGCCAGGCCAGACGCUGCCUCUACAGCUGUUCAGGCCACAGGAGGUCAGCAUGAUGCGGAGCAUCAUCCAGAAAGACCGCACCUUCGCCGUGCUCGCAAAUAGCGAUGCAGGUGAGCCGCAGGCCGAGUUUGGGACAACAGCUGAAAUCUAUGCAUACCGAGAAGAGCAGGAAUAUGGCAUCGAAACCGUCAAAGUGAAAGCUAUCGGUAGGCAGAGAUUCAAGGUCCAUGAAAUCAGAACUCAAGCUGACGGGAUCAGACAAGCCAAAGUACAGAUACUUCCAGAACGAAUCCUUCCAGAUCCCCUCUCCGCGGUGCAGCUCACUCCCCUAUCUAGGCUCCACAUGCAUCCUUCAUCCAAACCUCCGACUCAGAGCUGUAAACAAACCCAGCACUGGUGGAAUAACUACCAGCAGAGGAAGUUUCACUGUGCCCGUCUGACACCAUGGCCACCCUGGGUCUACGCUCUCUACGACUCUGAGUCGCUAAUGAACAGAGUGAAGAAACAGCUCCAUGAAUGGGAUGAGAAUCUGAAGGAUGACUCCCUCCCUACGAACGCCGUAGACUUCUCCUACCGAGUGGCGGCCUGUCUGCCCAUAGACGACGCUCUGCGGCUUCAGCUGCUGAAGAUCGGCAGCGCCAUCCAGAGACUUCGCUGUGAGCUGGACAUCAUGGACCGGUGCACAUCACUGUGCUGUAAGCAGUGUCAGGACACAGAGAUCACCACAAAAAACGAGAUCUUCAGCCUUUCUCUGUACGGGCCCAUGGCGGCAUACGUCAACCCUCACGGUUAUGUCCAUGAAACUCUGACUGUCUACAAAGCCAACAACCUUAACCUGGUCGGCAGGCCAUCCACACUGCACAGCUGGUUUCCAGGGUACGCCUGGACAAUUGCUCAGUGCCGAACCUGCGGUUCUCACAUGGGUUGGAAGUUCACAGCCGCAAAGAAGGACUUGUCUCCUCCUCGUUUCUGGGGUCUGACACGCUCGGCCAUGCUGCCCCGUAUCCCCCAGGGCGAGGGGGAAGAGGGGAGAGAUGGCUCUCGUCUCUUCUGUCUGUGAUGUUGGACUAUAUGUAUUUAAAAAAAACAGCUAAAAAAAACCUGCUAACCCCCUCAAACCUGGAUCUUAAAAUACACUUGCUGAAAUUACAUUUAAUUAUCAACUGCCCCUGGCAUAAGAUCCAUCAUAUGGCGGAUGGCUUAUUUGGCUUUUGAGAGGCACUCUGAAACUGAAUUCAAACAGGAAGCAGCCAGUGAUUUGAUGUUUUUGUAAUGCAGAGACACGAUAAGAGAACUUACUGAUUCUGAUGAAGUGAGGAGGAAAUGGAGGGUAGCAGAUAGAACAAAUGACAUGGUUACAUCCCAGCAUGCACCUCUGUCCAGCUGAUUUCUUGCCGACUGCAUACAUAAAGACACUCAUCUGUGCUCAGUGCAUUCUUUUCUUUCAUCUUCUUUCCUCUGUAUGGUAAAGAGUGUGAAUGCAUGCAACUGAGAUGAGGAUAUCUUUAGCAGGCAGAGUUAGCCACUAUAAUCAGUAAUGAAAUCAACCAGUUUAUCCAUAUUCACUUUGAGAUCCUUUAUUGCCCACGUGUGUUUUCUGAUGUCAUUUGAGCUGUUGUAGGUCUGUAGAGGAAACUGUUGGAGCUAAAGUGAACUUCUGUACGUGUAGUUCUGUCACUAGAGGAGAUAUUUUGAAUCUUGGAAUUAAAUAGGAUGUAUUUUUAUAUGCAAGAAGAUUGAAGAAGUAAUUUAACAUACUUAUCCAGGUGUGCUUUGAGUGUAAUAUACUUGAUGUAAUCUGUGUCUGUUUUGUAUUCAAGGUAGGCUCAUUGUCCAAUCAGACAGUACGCUCUGGGGAAACAAGCUUUAUCCCUGGUUGCACAUGUGAAAAUGAGAGGAGUUUGAUGCCUUGAUGGCAGACUUUUAUUUUUUUAAAAGAGCUUAUCAACGCAGAGAGCGAGAGGAGCAUUUCCCUGUCUUCAUUUGAGUUUCAUUCUGUGUGGCACGUUACAAUGGUGUGUCUCCACCACAUAUCAGUGUCUUUUGAUAAGGUCGAUGAAUCAGUGAACCCCAGACUUGAAUGAAAGAUUGUAAACGAUAAAGUGAUGGAAAGAUUUAAAAUAUAUAUCACAUUUUUUCUGAUUGUCUUUGUUUUAUGGUCCCACAGUUUUCAGGAUUUGAUUGCUUGCACUUUGUUGCAAGUCGCUGGCUCUCUUUAUUCAAAUGUGAGUGUAAAUAAGAGGCAGUUCAAGCAUUUGUUCUGUAAUAUAACUGGUGUUUUUACUGUUAAAAGAGUCCGACUCUUAUUUCACAUAUCUCCUUGUGUCUCAGAGUAUUGUUAGAAAAUAAUUUAUACAUUUCAAUUUUCUUUUUGAAUGUUCUCCUUUUUUUUUUUCUUGUGGAACAGUUUUUUUUCAUUACAUAGGAAACAUAGUUUUUAAAUACCGUUUUUGUUCUCAUUGAACAAUUAAGAUACAUCCUGUAAGUUAGUGAGAUCUAAGGGACCUGGUAGAAGAAAGCUAGCAGUUUAAAUGAUCCUACAGAUAUUAGAGUGGUGUUUCACACCAUGUAUGGCAUUAAAGCUAAUUAUCUUAAUCGUUAAGAUCUCACAACUAGUCUUUAAAUAGGGGAAAUAAAGAUGUUUACAUGUUAUUCUUAAAGCCU